AUGGAUGACAAGGUCGUCAUCGAUUGCAUCUGCCCCUCGGUGCUGACGAUUACCAUCAGUGGCGCCGCUCACAGUGUCACUAUCGCUACGGAUGCGAUCAGGAUCAGUGGUCCGGGUGGGGGAGUUGGUUACAAUUUGGACUCACUUCCACUCAUCUAUGAUGCUGCUACCUUGGGCGGAAAACUAAACAUCUGUGACGACGAUGGAAAACUGGUGUAUUGUUGGCGGUCAUCGAUAACGCCGCAAUCGAUGCCCUCAGCUUCCAUUCAAGCAAGAGCCGAUAGCUCUUCGUCCUCUUCAUUGGGACCAGCCCCACGGACAGAGAUGACCCAACCGGACUCCAGUCUUGUUUCUGCCCUAGCUAUCCAGCCAAGGAAACGUCGCAGUACCUCUGUCCGUACAGAUGAUACGAGUUGCAUGUCCACUGCACCAUCUGCAGCAACGCUGAGUCCCAGCGGCAACUUCGGCUCUGACAGGUCGGAUGCGCAACACAGUAUCUAUGAUGACACAAUAGAAGAGGCCCGUCAAAAAUCCGAGGGUCCUGUGAAUGAGGAACUCGUUGUUAGAUUUGGCAGGCAUCUUCAAGAGUUGAAGCGAAAGCAUAAAUGGGCCAAAUUGCGGGAGUAUACCCUCUGUCAGCAAUGCGGAGAUGCACCCAAUGAGCCAGUGGUUACUAAUUGCCUUCAUGUGUUUUGCAGUGAAUGCUUGACGCGUUUGCACUUUAAGCUAGCGGAACAAGAUAUGGACGGGGUAGCUUGCCCGAAAUGCGACGAGACCAUCACAGAGACACAACCUUGCAAAGGUCUGAAAGAGCUCCGGCAGGAUGCUUUACGGGAGGCUGGCCACCACGUCGGUAGGAAGGAUGAUCGAAAGAUUGGGAAAGGCUACAUUGACCUUGAGGACGAAGACACAGAUCCACCAGCCUCAAGAUUCACGGUCGCCCAGAAGGAGUUUCUCGUCAAGUCGAUCAACAGCUUAAUGAGGCACAGAUAUGGCGAAUGCUUUCGAAACUCUCUCAGUCCCACCUCGGAAUUGAUGGAUCUCAGUACGAUGAGGAGCAAAAUUCAGGAUGGUCUUUAUUCUUCCAUUGAGGCCCUCAGAGCAGAUUUUGAUCGAAUGGAGCAAACGUAUCCACCUGGGGACGCUUACCACCACAGACGUACCGAGCAGGCUCGAAGCCUUCGGACUGUUUUUGAGACAUGCAUGGGCGAAUACCCUGGAAAUUGUGAGGACUUGGCCCCUCGAAAGAAAGCGAAGGCGAGGAAGCCUAAGGCCCCAUCUGCUGGAACCACUGCGCGGGCAGAGGCGUCUUCCCGGUCGCGAGCAGCGAAGACUGCGAUGCAGGGUAAAAGAUAUCCCAGAGACCACUGGUGA